CAGAGGGAGAAUCAGCUGUACCCGGAGCGCAUGUGCCCUUCCUGUUCCCUCCGCAUUAUUCCGAGUUUUGGCUUUUAACGCUUCAUCUUCUCCACUCUAGUCGGCUGCAAACUCCAGUUCCCGCUUUCACCUAGACGGAAUAAACAAACUCCAAUAACCCUAAAAAGAUUUCAAAGCAAGAAAGGGAAGAAGAAACCCACGAAUCAGUUCUUGUUGUUUGAUUUCUCAAGAGCUACCUAGAGCUGGAACCCAAAAAAGAUUCUUUGAUUUCUGUCCAAACUACCAACCAAGGGAAGCAAUGGAGUAAUGGACAGGUCCCAUACAAGAUGUCCUCUAGAAUCGCCCAAAUCCGCCUUGUAAGCUCUCAUCCAGAGGUUUAUGAACCAUGUGAUGAUUCAUUUGCUCUAGUAGAUGCUCUUUUAGCGGAUCGAAAGAACCUGUUAGAGCAUCAACCAACAUUGUGCCUGGAACUGGGCUGUGGUAGUGGCUAUGUAAUUACUUCUCUAGCUCUUAUUGUUGGCCAGGAGGCGCACUAUAUUGCAACUGAUAUCAACCCCCAUGCAGUGAGGGUGGCUCGUGAGACAUUAGAAGCACAUGGGGUUCAUGCAGAGUUGAUAACCACUAACAUUGCAUCAGGACUCGAGAAGCGUCUAGCAGGAUUGGUUGAUGUUAUAGUUGUGAAUCCGCCUUAUGUGCCGACCCCUGAAGAUGAAGUGGGUCAUGAAGGAAUUGCCUCUGCAUGGGCCGGAGGGGAGAAUGGCCGGAGCGUGAUUGAUAAGAUACUGCCUGUUGCUGACAAUCUUUUGUCGGAGAAGGGCUGGUUGUACAUGGUCACUCUUACAGAAAACAAUCCCUCAGAGAUAUGCCUUCAAAUGAAAGAAAAGGGCUAUGCUUCCAGAAUCAUUGUCCAGAGAUUGACAGAAGAAGAAAAUCUACAAAUCAUCAAGUUCUGGCGGGAUUUUGAUUCUCAACUGGAGGCAAAGGGAAUGGUAGCAAAUAAAACAGUUUCUUCGAGGGUCAUGGAGUCUUUGCUCUCUCAGUUCCAUAUAAUGCCGUUUCUUAGAGGCAGUAACAAACAACAGUAGCUAAUGGAUAGCCAAGCGGCAAAAAAACUAGUUUUCGAGCGUGUACAUGAUAGAUAAAUGGUUUUUGUUCUCAUCUUCUUCUGACUUUUGGAAACCAUUGUUGGAAUGUCAGAUGCACACCAUUGAAUUAUUCGGUGCUGUCCUGGGAUUUGCUUAUAUGAAAGUUCAUUCUUUGCAUGAAAACUUGCAAAUACUGGAUUUAUUUUUUUUCUUAUUACUCUGCUUGUAAUUCUUAGCAACAGUAAUCUACAUUUCAUCAUUUAGAAUUUGUCUUUCUUCGAGUUUUUACAAUUUCUACGCUUAUCAGUAAUAGCACAAAUUUGAUCAAAA